GGCGUCACAUUUGUACCCAAAGGUCCAGGCGAGCAUUUGAUCCAUAUCAAGAAGUCUGGAAAGGAGAUACCAGAAAGUCCCGUAUCUGUCAUGAUCGAACCCGCUGAACCAGAGAACGCGGUCGGCAGUCCUUGCGAUGUUCCUUUGGACAUCCCAGACCUAAACCUCCCAGAGGAUUUGCCUAAACUAACGGCCACACUGAAGAGACCUGGAUCGAAUGUGGAAGAACCUGUAGAGCCUAAGGUGACAUCAGAUGGAAACCUCAGUGUAUCAUUCGUUCCCAAAUCCCCUGGCGAACACUUGAUCACGAUCAAGAAACGUAACCGCCCGGUACCUGGUAGUCCAUUCUCCGUCAUGAUCACGGCUCCCGAGCCCAAAUGCGAGAUCGGUAAACCUAGCAACGUUCCACUUGAAAAUAUUCCAGCGAAAGAUCUUCCGAAACUUGACGCAGGAUUACUCCGACCAAGAUCCACAGUUGAGGAACCUGUGCCUAUCAAAAAGACAUCAGACGAUAAUCUUUAUAUACUUUUCAUUCCACAUGAAGAAGGACCACAUAAAAUCAAUGUGCGCAAAGAUGGCAAACCUGUUCCAGACAGUCCCUACGUUGUUGACGUACUUCCCAAAGUUGAGGAACAACCUGUAGAAGAGGUGUACCCGAUGAACAGACCGUGCGAUGUUGGUAUGGACAUUCCUAGUGUGAACCUCCCAGAUGACUUCAAGAAACUAACAGGAACCCUUGAAAGACCCGGGAGCAAGAAGGAAGAACCUGUCACCUUGGAACUCAAUCCUGAUAAUACACUUGGUAGGUAGACUCUUGUUUUCGUGUUUUAUAUGUAGGUAUCGCUGUCAUCUUGGUUAUAUACUAUUUAGAACACGAGCACGAGUCUUGGUUAUGUACUAUUUAAAACACGAGCACGAGUGCUUUCUCAGAUAUAAAGCACGAGAGUAGUCGAGCGGUAGACUCUUGUUUUCAAGUUUUAUGUAGGUAUCGCUUUCAUGUUUGUUAUGUACUGUUUAAUAAACUGCAAAUUCAGUUAAUCUUUUCAAUGGUUUAGAAUGGCUACCAAUUGACGAUAUUAUUAAAACUAAUAAACUUCUUAUGCUCUAUAAGAUAAGUCGUGGCAUUUGUCCACAAUACUUUGAAUCCUAUUUCACCUAUGUAAAUACAGUUCAUAAAUAUAGCACUAGAUCAGCUAAUAAUAAAUUAAAUAUUAUUACACCAAAAUGUAAAAAUAAUUCUGGCCUUGGAACUUUCCACUCGAGUCUAGUGCAUGUCGUCAGUGGAACAAGACAGACUUGUCAAUUAAGAACAUUGCCUCUUAUGCAAAUUUUAGAAAAGUAAUACACUCUAGCUUUCAGGAACAAUAUUGUUCAAUUGAACACUUCUGCAUGGAAAAGACUUGUUAGAAAAUUUAGCAUUUGUACAAAAUUUUGUAGAUUUAUUUAUGGCAUAGCUUAGCGAGGGCCGUCAUGAAAACUACUGGGUAACCAGUAAUGGUGUUUUUACCCUCAGUAAAUAAAGUAUUUUGACUUUGACUUUGAGUGUUUUGUUUGGUUUAGCGCGAAUGGCUUUAGACCUAAUAAAACACAUCCGAGUUUAUUAAACGGCUUCAAACACGACUACAAAUUCAAUAGAUAUACUCCCUUAUUAGUAUUCUUAAUACACAACUACAAUAGAUACUGCCUUAUUAGAAUUCUUUAUAUAAAGAAUACUAAUUAGGAGUGUUUUAUCAGGUUUACCCCAAUAAGCUUAUGAAUUAUUAAUGAGUGUUUGAAACAAAGUUUUAUCUUCUAUGACGUUACUUCUUCCGAAAUCGUUGCAGUAUAUAUAAAGUUGAUUUAUAUUAUCACUUCUCAAAUUCAUUAAUAAUUCAUGAGUAAUUCAGCCAAUGAUAAUCACCUAUUUGAUCACAAGAUGCCAUUUGGAUACUUGAUGAAAGUCACUAGUGUUUUCAUCAAAUAUCUUAAUUACGCAUGCAAAAUUACUUGAAUAGAAUUCCUAAUCACGUUAUGCUUGGUUAAGAAUUCUAUUCAAAUCAGCAAACGAAAACAUUCUGUUACGUCUCGAUUCAUUUGAGAAGCCAUAUAAACAACUCGAGCUCGUGUCUCACCGGGAUAUCCAAACACUCGAAAACAAUGUAUGAAAACACUCGCGCUUCGCGCUCGUGUUCUCAUACAUUGUUUUCUCGUGUUUGGAUAUCCCGGUGAAACACUCUCUCUCGUUGUUCAUAUAUUACGUCUUAAUUUUUGCUUUUUUCUUUCUUUCUUUUCCCAGGCGUCACAUUUGUACCCAAAGGACCAGGCGAGCAUUUGAUCCAUAUCAAGAAGUCUGGAAAGGAGAUACCAGAAAGUCCCGUAUCUGUCAUGAUCGAACCCGCUGAACCAGAGAACGCGGUCGGCAGUCCUUGCGAUGUUCCUUUGGACAUCCCAGACCUAAACCUCCCAGAGGAUCUACCUAAACUAACGGCCACACUGAAGAGACCUGGAUCGAAUGUGGAAGAACCUGUAGAGCCUAAGGUAACAUCAGAUGGAAACCUCAGUGUAUCAUUCGUUCCCAAAUCCCCUGGCGAACACUUGAUCACGAUCAAGAAACGUAACCGCCCGGUACCUGGUAGUCCAUUCUCUGUCAUGAUCACGGCUCCCGAGCCCAAAUGCGAGAUUGGUAAACCUAGCAACGUUCCACUUGAAAAUAUUCCAGCGAAAGAUCUUCCGAAACUUGACGCAGGAUUACUACGACCAAGAUCCACAGUUGAGGAACCUGUGCCAAUCAAAAAGACAUCAGACGAUAAUCUUUAUAUACCUUUCAUUCCACAUGAAGAAGGACCACAUAAAAUCAAUGUGCGCAAAGAUGGCAAACCUGUUCCAGACAGUCCUUACAUUAUUGACGUAUCAUCCAAGGACGUCGAAGGCGCACAGCCUGUGGAAGAAGUGCAUCCCGUGGGUAAAGCAUGCGAUGUUGGUCUUGAUAUUCCCGGGGUAAAUCUACCAGAUGACUUCAAGAAGUUAACAGCCACUUUACAAAGGCCAAACAGCACGAAAGAAGAGCCGGUGAAUUUGGAAUUGAAUCCAGACAAUACUUUGGGUAAGAUUUUGCAACAGGUAGACAUCCUUCCCAAUCUGGGUGUCCGCUUUAGUUUGCCUCAUUUUUUUCAAUACAUAAAUCUGGAAAAAGGUAGGUUUUAUCAUUGGACGAAAUGCAAAAUUUCAACUUGUCCCAGGUGCAAGUUGGCCAUUUCACGUGAUGUUGUGUUUGAACUUAUUUCGAUUUUUAACUUUAUGCAUUUUUUGUUUGAAUAUAAAUGCGAAAUGCAUAAUGACAAAUAGUGAUAAAAGCUGUUAACAUCACAUGGAAUGGGCAGUAUGCAUACGAAAAUGAGCUUGUUUACUAUGUUGUCAAUAUGGCGGAAACAAAGCGGUAGAUUUUUAACCGAUCAUUCCAGCACCCAUCACCUCAAUUUACACUCAAUAUCCCUGCAAGAUACCAAGUUUUAUGGCCAAUCACACCGUCUGCAUUCACCCUGGAAUACUACCAUUCGUACCAAAUUAUCCCCUACUCCACCGUAUGUUAAGCACCAUUCCUGAUUACCACCUAACCUCACCAUGUACUAAUUACCUCCCUACUUCACCAUGUACUAAUUACCACCCUAAUUAUCCCAAUUAAUUCUCGAUUGCCACCAUUCGUACCUAAUUAUCCCAGCGUCUACGAGAUAUGAUCCUACGUAUACCAAUGCAUUCUAAAUAUGAACAUUUUUACCUAAAUAUUCCCAUAGACCUCACCCUGUAAUAAAUACCACCCUAAGUAUCCCAAUUCGUACCAAAAUACCACUAUACCUAAUUACCUCACCAUGUGCCACAAUGUCACCCUAAUUGUACCAAACCAUGCCCAGUGCCACCAUUCAUACCUAAUUAUCCCCACCAUGUCCCAUGAUAUCACCCUAACUGUACCAUGCAUACCCAAAUACCGUCAUUCAUACCUAAUUACCCUGUAUUACCUCACCCAGGAGUUUCAUUCCUUCCCGUGGAACCUGGCGAGUAUUUGAUCCGAAUCAGACAGUUCGGGAAAAACUUGCUUGACUCGCCCAUAUCAGUCGUGGUUGAAACCGCUGAACCAGAGAACACGGUCGGCAGUCCAUGCGAUUUCCCAUUGCAAGUUCCCGGCCUCAAUCUUCCCGACGACUUGCCCAGACUAACCCUGACAAUGAAACGACCCGGAUCAACCCGCGAGGAACCGAUCAAACCUAAGUUGCUAUCCGAUAACACCCUCAGUGUGUCAUUCGUUCCCAAAUCCCCAGGCGAAUACUUGAUCACGGUCAAGAAACGUAACCGCCCGGUUACCGGCAGUCCGUUCUCUGUCAUGGUUACUUCCGAUGAGCCCACAAGCGAGGUCGGUAAACCGUCCAGCGUUCCGCUUGAAAAUAUUCCGGCGAAAGAUCUUUCGAAACUUGACGCAGGUUUGCUUCGACCUGGUUCCACAGUUGAGGAACCUGUGCCCAUCAAAAAGACAUCCGACGAUAAUCUUUAUGUUCCUUUCAUCCCACACGAAGAAGGCCCACAUCAAAUCAAUAUCCGCAAAGAUGGCAAACCUGUUCCAGAUGGCUCCUAUACCCUCGAUGUACCACCAAAAGAUGUUGAAGAUGGUCGCCGACCGGAGAAAGGUCCCCAACCGGGCAAAGAUCCCCAACCGGGAAAAGGUCCCCAACCGGGAAAAGGUCCCCAACCGGGAAAAGGUCCCCAACCGGGCAAACCGGAGAAACGUCCUGUAUCUGAGAAAACCCCUUCACCGGCGAAAAGUCCCUUACACGAGGAACAUCCCCUACACGAUAAAGAUAUCCCAUCGGAAGAAAGUUUCCCACCUGUUGAAGAAGUUCACCCCGCAGGUAAACCGUGCGACAUAGGUCUCGAUGUUCCCGGAGUGAAAUUACCAGAGGAUGUUUCGAAAUUGACAGCCACAAUACAGAGGCCUGGUAGCAAUAAGAAGGAACCUGUCACGCUCGAAGUUAAGCCUGAUAACACACUUGGUAAGAACGAGUCAGUUUUCGUAAUGUUACCAGUGUUCAAAUGCAUUCGCCUCGCUCUAUUCCUCUUCUCAUAAGAAAGUCUGGUAGUUUUGCGUAAAAAUCAUUUUAUGGCUUAAAAAUCACUGAAUAUGUUUUUUUUUGUAAACUGUUUUGAUACAAGUAUUAAUGUAAAACGCGUUAGACCCAGCCAUUUUUGCGCUUUUAAGCGUCAAAUAAAUAGAUCAGAAUUGCAUGCAAAGCGAAUUCAAAGGGUUAUUUUUCGAAGUGAAUCCUGCAAAGAGAGUCAUAACGACUUAAAGUCUAUCCUUGCUUAUAUACUUUCCUACCAUACCCUGUUAGCUCGUUUUACCUAUAUGUGUACCACAUUGUUUCUAUUCACACCCUGUCAUGACUAUAGUUACCCUAUCCUUCAUUCAUCGACGAAUAAUCUGCGAGAACAUCUCCACCAUUACCAUGUUCCCAUCUAUCCUUUCCAUUUUGUUACCAUUUAACACCUGUUGUACCUAAAUGUUCAUACCUACCCCAUUCCCACCCUGUUAUCACUAUAAUUACCCUAUCCUUCAUUCAUCGUCGAAUGAUUUGCGAGAACAUCUCCACCAUUACCAUGUCCCCAUAUAUCCUUUCCAUUUUGUCCUCAUCUAACACUUGUUGUACACAAAUGGUCAUACCUAUCCUACUUUCCACCAUAGUUUAACCCACUAUGUACCCAAACGACCAUAUCUACCCCCAGCUAUCCGACAUUCCACCAUGCCUACAGAAUUCCAUUGGCCAUUCGUACCCCCCGAGUCCUUAAAAUAUUUAAAAUAUUACCCUUAUAAACCCUUCCAAAACCUUACUAACCUGCAUUAUCCUUAUAAUUCCCUACCCAGGAGUUUCGUUCCUACCCACGGAACCUGGUGAAUACACCAUCCGGGUACAACAAUUCGGCGUUGAAAUCCCCGAGGGUACGAAGAUCGUAUCGGUGAAAACCAUCGAUAUACCGAACAACACCGACAGCCCUUGCGAGAUCACUAUUGACAACCUCGGUCUAGUUCUACCAGAUGAUCUGCCCAAGCUUAAAGCGACGCUAAAAAGGCCUGGCUCGAGGCGAGAGGAGCCCGUCACCCUCAAGGUCCUGUCGGAUCACACACUGAGUGUAUCGUUUCUUGCCAAAACUCCCGGCGAGUAUCUACUUACCAUCAUGAAACGCCAUCGACCCAUACCAGGUAGCCCAUUUUCGAUCACCGUUACCGGUGAAAAACCGAAAAAUCCAGUUGGCAAACCGGUUUCCUUCGCUCUUGAAUAUAUAGCUCUACGCGAUGUACCCCAUAUACAAGUCUUCCUGCAGAGGCCUGGGUCCGAUACCGAGGAGCCAAUCACGUUGAAGAAACAUUCUGAUAGUAGUUUAUCUGUUUCGUUCAUCCCUCUGGCACCUGGCGUGCAUAAAAUACACGUACGGAAGGAUUCGAGACCAAUACCAAGCAGUCCGUUUGAAAUCGAAGUCAUUGAUGACCGGGUUUUCGGCACCCCGGAGAAAGUACCCCACGGUAAAAAGCCCUCCGAUAAAGUGCCCAACGGAGAAGUUCGCAGGGAGGAAACCAUGUUCACAAAAGAAAUUGCUCCGACAGAUGAAAAACCUCCGGUUGGCCGAAUAUGUGACUUUAACAUGGACAUACCAGGCUUCUCUCUGCCGCGCGAUUUCCGAAAGUUGUCCGCAACACUUCGGAGGCCGAGCAGCAAACGGGAAGAGCCGAUCAAUUUGGAACUUAAUCCUGAUAAAACUUUGGGUAAGAUUUUGACCUGUGUGGUGAGUAUGAUGAGAUGUGACUCAUGUCGAAUGUGUUUGCAUAACCUAGACUCAUUGUUUUUGGUUUUAUGACGAUUUAAACCUCCUACAUCCAUGCUUUUAGGCUACGAGGCAGUUUCGAUUCAAUAUGGCGAUUAUUUGUUUCUCGAGCUCAAUUUAUUUUAUAUAACUUUUUUCUAUAAUGUGGUUUGCGAAAGCGCACUUGCUAAUUUUAAAUAUGUUACAUCUGCGCAGAAAUCGUUGUUCAUUAUUCAAAGCAGUAGUCGACGAUCAAAUUGAACUCUCCUACCGACAAAACACUACAUUGUACUGCACUGGUGCUGUUUCCAGUAAGCCUUAAAGGGCAGUAGAUGGUAGACUUGUUACUGAUCUGCAAACAAGUUGUAACAAGGUUGUUGUCAAGCCGAUAUCAGGAUGUGUUCGCACUGCUUGUUCUCAGUUGUUGUGACAAGUCUGGAUCACUUUGUCACAAGGUUGAUGACGGUAACAGACUUGCUACAAUUGUUGUUCCAACAAGACGAAUACAGGCUGUUCAUAACAAGUUGCUACGAGCUUGUUGUCAUCAACUUGCUAACAACUUGUUACGUGCAGACGAUAUCAGAUUUGUUGGAAAAACUUGUUGCGAGUCUGUUGGCCUCAUCAACCUUGUUACAAGUUAAUAACAAGUUGUUCCAGACUUGUCAACAACUGGGAACAAGCAGUGUGAACACAUCUAGUUGACAAGAUGUGAGAUAUUUACGCAUGUACAAGGCUCCUAUAUAUAAUUGAAAGAAUUAAUUCUAUUGCAGUUGACUACUAUUUGCUGUACGUUAAUGUCUAGUUAACACACAAAUUACCUCGUUUCUAUUAUGGGGUGAUGUUUCGGAUUUCAGCGGUGUAUUCGAAAACAAACGGUUUAUUUUUUGCAAAAACCAUCGGAAACAAUCAAUAUAUUCCCAACUUUAUUGAAAACUUCUAUUCAAAUUUUCUCAGGUAUCUCGUUUGUGCCGAUGGAACCAGGCGAACAUCUGGUCCGCGUGAAGAAAUCUGGGGAGGACGUUCCCGGCAGUCCGUUCGCCGUCAUGGUGGAAGCCGCUGAAGCAGUGAACGCGGUCGGCAGACCAUGUGAUUGCCACCUGGACAUCCCUGGCCUGAAUCUGCCCUCAGACCUGACCAAGAUCAAGUCGACCCUGAAACGGCCCGACUCCGAUACAGAAGAACCGAUUAAACUGAAAGUUCUCUCCGACAACACGCUCAGCGCGUCGUUCGUUCCACGAUCGCCGGGAGAACAUCUGAUAAGUGUCAGGAAAUUCAACCGACAUCUCAGUGGCAGCCCAUUCAGGUAACACUAACAGUAACAGUAAUAGUAAUAGUAACAGUAACAGUAACAGUAACAGUAACAAAUGGCUUUAUUAGCAUGACUUUACAUACAAGUAUUGCUAAAGCUUAUUAGUUAGUAUAAUUAGAAAUAUUUGCAAAUGCAAAAUGUUUCCGGCAGUAUGACACAUCCACUGUCAGUAUCGAGUAAUACAAGAAAUAAAAAUGAAGUUAUUGAUAUAAAGAAAGACCUAGUUUACAAAUGAGUACUCUAUUUACAGUAUAUAAUUGAAGAAGUUUGGAUGUUAGAUAGCCUAUUGACUGUCAGCAUUCCGAGCUUCAAGGCAUUUAGAUCUCUUCUCAAAACAUAAAGAGAUCAAUUUCGAUAAUUUUACCACGGUCUCUUUAUCAGUUGAUUUCAUUAUCUCAACUGGUGAACUGUGUUGGUUUAAAUCUGUUUCAUUGGUGGGAACAAUUUCCAAGUUAAUUAAAAAGUUUUCUCGAAGACUACUAUAGGCUUCACAGGAAGUAAGGAAUAUUAGUUAAAUAUUGUCAAUUUAAAUACAAUUAUCAUUGAUGCUAUAGAAUUGACGCCAUAUUUUUACAGCAAUAUAAUAUAAGGAAAACUUACUGAACUUCAGACAUCAUUUUCUCUUCGGCGUACCAUCUAAAAUCUCUUCAUUUUAGCAUUAUUUAUAAGUAAUAGCAUGGCUUGAGGGAGAUUAGUGAUUAAAUGGCCCCGUAACCCGAGGCAGGUUUGCGGAAUUCCCGAGGGCGAAGCCCGAGGGAAUUCGGCAAACCUGCCGAGGGUAAGGGGUCAUUUAAUCACUAAUCUCCCGAAAAGCCAUGCUAUUAGUUUGUAAUAGCAUAGUUGCACUCCCAUUUAAAAAUGGACAAACAUGGCUUACUUGGAAUCAGCGUAUUUAAGCUAAAACAUUUGCUUCAUUGCUUGUGGGAUGUAAAAGCUUGUUGCACAUGCGCACUUUUUACGCUUUAAUCGGUUACGCAUGCGCAAUCUAUCAUUUAACGUACCACAACAAACACGCUAAAUAUAUUAGUAUAAAUUUGGAGACUGCACGUGCGUAAUUUAAAUGAUGCGGCAACUCAGGGAUCGGAUGAUAGACUAUUGACGGCUCUGAGCUAACUGUUGCUGUUCCUUGCACGAUUAUGUGCGUGAGGCACUUGCCUAAUGCGUAGUCGUCAGGGAGACAAAGGUGUGACCCUUGGUAACGGGCGAUUAGUUCUAAUCGCCCGCUCUAGCGGGCGAUUAGAACUAAUCGCCCGCUACAGCGGGCGAUACGUGAUUAAACGUCCCUGUUGAAACAAAAGAAACCCGGGCAACUAUGCUAUUAUUUACAGAUAAAGCACUGAACAUACUUCUUAAGUUUGUUUGCAGCUUAAGAAACGUAUAAAAAUUUACAAAAAUUGAACAUAUUCGUUGAGCUUGUGGUUAGAGCUCGACAACUGGCCUCUGUAGCUCAGUUGGGUUAGAAGUCCCUUAAUAAAACCCGACUAUCAUCUUGUCCUUUUAGUGACCUACAAGACCCUUAGUAAAACGUGACUAUCAUCUUGUCCUUUUAGUGUUAUGGUGAGCGCUCCUGAAGCAGCCAGCCAAUCCGUUGGUCGACCGUGUGGACUGGGACUGGAAAUCCCCGGCCUCAAACUGCCCGAAGAUUUCGACCUUCUCACGGCUAUACUCAAACGACCAGCCAGUGCAGCGGAGGAACCCCUGAAGUUAGUCCUGAACUCUGAUAACACCCUAAGUGUCUCGUUCAUCCCCAAAGAGACCGGAGAACAUCUGAUUAGUGUAUUCAAGAACAAACGUCACGUGACAGGAAGCCCGUUCUCUGUGAUGGUCAGCGGUCCGGGACCGGCUGAUCCUUCGAAGGUGAAAGCAUAUGGACCAGGUUAGUAGCGAGUUUGCGCAUCUAAGACAACAACGUCAGGACGACGGCUAUUAAAAAUACAAUGGCAUUAAUGCUAUCGCACAAAUGAAGCAAAUAAUGAAAAGUAUAGCAGAGGUUUUAGACGUCAUCCAAGCUCUGCUGAGAAUGGCAAAAUGUAUUUUCACGUCUUGGUUUGUAUGUUAGCAUUUCAAGCCAUGACGGGUAGUUUUUCUUGUAGCAGAGUUGAUCAAAAUUACUCUGAAGGUUAUGCAGAUCUUGUGCUACUCGUUCGAAACUGUAUUUUUAAAAUUCAUGCGAAAGUUAAUACAAGAUUUUACAACAGUAAAGACAAGAUUUUCAUACAAUCACUUAUUUCAAGAUUUUACAACAGUAAAGACAAGAUUUUCAUACAAUCAUUUCAAACAGUUUGCUUGGCCGUCGUCCUGAUGACACCAAUACCUCACAUAUUGGGGAAAAAUUAUUUACAGAGAAGUUUGUAAUUCUCGCCAAUUGGUUGAUUAAAGACGGGGUCAAGUCUGCUCUGUGCAUGGCUAUGUGUGAGGACCCUCUAAUACAAACAAUACCCAAAUUUCACGCUGUUUCGACAUCUUCCAAAUUGAAACUCUAAUCUAUGUACUAUUUAAAGCAUAGCAAACUAGAACGUUGUUAGAUAUUAACUAAGUACAUCAUAUUUUCUGAAUACAGUAUACAGUGUGCUCAAAAUGUAAAUAAACCUCGCUCUUGACCCCAUCAUUAAUUUACGCUUCAUGAAAUUGAAUCUAUUUUCUUCUGAAGGUUUGGAAUCUGGUGUUGUCGACGAGAGAUCGGAAUUCACCGUGAAUACCCGUGAUGCGGGCUAUGGGGGUCUGGGACUCUCAAUCGAAGGACCAUCUAAAGCCGAGAUCAACUGUGUGGACAACGAAGAUGGCACGUGCACCGUGGACUUUGUACCCUCCGAACCGGGCGACUACACGAUCCACGUCCGCUUUGCCGAUGAAGAAAUUCCCGGCAGUCCGUUCACUUGCAACGUUGCUCCGAAAGGCGGGAAGAGACGGCCAAUCGUUGAAGAAGGAAUAUCCAGAGGUGUCGUUGAAGACGUCGAGAAUGCGCCUGCGCAGAGGACCUCUCAACUUCUGGACGAUCUUAUAUCAUUUAGUCCACAACAGCCCCACGACUUCGCAUUGGACCUGGCGGGAUAUGAUCUGAAAAAUUUGAAAGCCAGUGUGGAAACACCUUCUGGAAAGACGGAACCGGCCGAGAUUGUGGAAAGCACCAAGGAUACGUAUACCAUUCGAUUUGUAACGAAAGAA